CUUCCUCUGGAAAAAUAGCACAACAUCUGCUGCUGGUGCAAGGGUCUCUUGGAAACAUAUAUGUACUCCUAAAAAGGAGGGUGGUCUUGGCAUAAGGUUACUUGAAGAGUUUGAAAUGGUCUUCAGGUUAAAGAGGCUUUGGCUAUAUUUUUAUGGCUCGGGCUCCCUCUGGGUCCCCUGGAUUAAAGGAAAUAGGUUUGCUGGCAGGAGUCUCUGGCUAAUAAAUGACUCGCCAAGGUUCUCAAGUACUGUGAGAAGCAUGCUCCAAUUAAAGGAUCAACUUCAUAACUUUCUUCGUUGCAGCGUCGGAGAUGGUAACACAGCCUUGUUUUGGCAUGACUACUGGACUGAGCUGGGUCCUUUGCAUCAACUCUUUGGAUCUUCGGGUCCUCGUUCUCUAAGAAUCCCUCUCAGUGCCACCGUCUCUCGGGCAGUUGACAAUGGUCACUGGAACAUUCCUUCAGCUCGCUCUGACGACGCGGUGACUCUCCAGAUCAUCUUGUCUACAAUGGCGGUUCCUUCUUCAAGUAGUAGAGCUGAUGUUUUUUUAUGGAGAAACAGUGCUGGUGGGUUUGGUCCAACUUUCUCCUCUCGGGUUACUUGGGAAAGGUUGCGAAUAACAAGCCCCCACGUUCAAUGGCAUCCGGUGGUUUGGUUUAAGGAAGAAAUUCCCCGCUGCUCGUUCAUUUCUUGGACAGCUUUUCUUGGAAGACUUCCCACUCGGGAUCGUUUGAUUUCUUGGGGUUUAUUGGUACCACCAGGUUGUGUUCUCUGUUCUUUAGCUGACGAGUCUAUAAGCCAUUUGUUUUUUCAAUGUCCAUUUGCGGUUGCUGCUUGGUCUCGUUUCUGUGGCAGGUACCUGGCGUCAAGGCCUUCCUCACUCGAUGAUGUCGUUAUCCUCUGCCAGCAGUUCCCCGGACCUCAUGCUUCCCGUGCGGUGGUUGUGCUCAAGCUUAUAAACCAAGUGAUCAUCUACAACCUCUGGCGUGAGAGAAAUGCCCGCAUCUUCACUGCUGUUUCUUCGACUCAAGAGGCGUUUUGGCGCUUGGUGGAUCGCGCAGUAAGGGAUAGGCUGCUAUCUCUAACCCGGCCUUCUACUACUGCUCCUUCUCCUUCCCUGCUUGAGCUUUAUUUUUGGUUUCUGUCCCCCUAUAGUUAA